GUGAUGGCAAGAAUAAAUAAUGUGACAGAAUUCAUCCUGUUGGGCCUGACCCAGAAUAUGGAGCUUCAAAAAUUUUCAUUUGCUUUGAUCUUAAUUCUCUACUUGGUCACCCUGGUGGGCAACCUGCUCAUCGUGAUCACCAUCAGCACCAACAGGUCUUUAGGAUCCCCCAUGUACUUCUUUUUGUCUUACUUAUCCCUGAUCGAUGGCUGCUUUUCUUCAUCCAUAACCCCCAAAAUGUUAGCUGACUCUCUUGCUGUGAGAAAAGCCAUCUCUUUCAAGGGAUGUAUGACUCAAGUCUUUGUUGAGCAUUUUCUUGGUGCUGCUGAGAUCAUCCUGCUGACCGUGAUGGCCUAUGACCGCUAUGUGGCCAUCUGCAAACCCCUGCACUACAUGACCAUUAUGAGCCACAGGCUGUGUAUUCUCCUGGUGGGCGUGGCCUGGGCCGGAGGCUUUGUCCAUGCAACCAUUCAGAUCCUCUUCACAGUCUGGCUACCCUUCUGUGGCCCCAAUGUCAUAGACCACUUCAUGUGUGACUUGAACCCUUUGUUGAAGCUUGUCUGCAUGGACACGCAUACCCUUGGUCUCUUUGUUGCUGCCAACAGUGGAUUCAUAUGUUUGUUAAACUUCCUCCUCUUGAUGGUCUCCUAUGUGGUCAUCCUGCGGUCCCUAAGGACCCAUAGCCUCGAGGGGAGGCGCAAAGCUCUCUCCACCUGUGUCUCUCACAUCACAGUUGUAGUCUUAUUCUUUGUGCCCUGCAUAUUUGUGUAUCUGCGCCCAGUGACAACCUUCUCCAUUGAUAAAGCUGUGGCUGUCUUUUAUGCUAUGAUUACUCCCAUGCUGAACCCCUUAAUCUACACCCUCAGAAACGCAGAAGUGAAAAAUGCUAUGAAGAAGCUGUGGGACCAUAAAGUGACUUCAACUGAUAAGUAA